AUGCACUUUCCCAAUUUUAUCAGCGAUUUGCAGCGCAGACACGAGAGUGCAUCAGAGUCAAAAAACUUGGUCUAUAUACCUACCGAGGUGUUUCAUCUUGAUUCACGGGCUGGCGUCCCGUGUGAGUUAAGGUAUGCACCUUCGCUGGCAAAGAAGCCAGUUUCGAUUCCGUCUUCGGAAGUACCUUCACAUACGGUCGACCCAUUUGCUCCUCCUUACAUUCCCGAACUGUUGAUUUCUCAGUCUGAGGAUAGCGAAGGAGAAGAGGGUUACGUGGUUUUGCUAAAUAAGUUCUGUGUUGUCCCUCGUCAUUUCCUCUUAGUGACCAAAGAAUACAAAUCUCAGAAGACUCCACCAACACCUGAGGAUCUAGUAGCUAUUUACGUCUUGCUUCAACAAGCCCUAGUUUCCGAUCCUACUUCCGAAUGGCUGGCUUUUUAUAAUUGCGGUCCAAAUAGCGGGGCAUCCUUUCAAUUCAUCCCUGCUCAGGCUGGUGAAAAUAAGUUUGGAGAGCUCAUCGCGCGCUCGGCCCCUGUGAAGUUAGGCGAGUUUAAGUGUGACGUCUACAACGUAAAAGAGCUAGGAUAUGCACAUUUUAUCUGCGCAAUCCCAUCAAGCUUGAGUUCAAAACCUAACGACGAGGAAACAGAAGCUACUCUUGGAACAUACUUCAUGACGAUGUUGGACUCGAUGAUUGAUCAUCUUCGUCACCUUGCUUCUCAGGAGAACUCACCUCAUGUUCGACCUCAAGAACUAUCAUAUAACUUUUUAAUGACAAGUAAAUAUAUGAUCCUGAUCCCACGAUCACGAGAGUGUUUUUUAUCAAAUGGUUUAUCGAUCAAUAGCCUUGGUGUAGGUGCUGGAAUGGUUUUGGUCAAAAACCAAGCUGAACUGGAUGAAGCUCGUAGGCUUGGUAUUGAUGAACUGUUGGAAGGAGUCACUUUUCCAAAAUUAAAGGAUGUCAUCAAUCCUUGUGAUCAUGGUUGA